AUGAGGUUUCCGCUUGUGGUUUUGUUGGCGAUUAUGGGAGUUACGACAGUAAUAGCCGAAGAAGGAGGUAGAGCAAAGAGGAGUUAUUAUGGUUACGACUAUGGCUAUGGAGUUGAUGGUGAUUUCUGGUACGCCGGCCGCAUUCUCGGUAUCAUCCUUGGCCUCUCUUUACUCCUACUAUGUUGCUGUCUUCCGUGCGUGUGCUUAGCCGGUAUCUGGUUCCUUGGCUGGUUCGGAAUCCGUCAACGUCAACGCCAGCGCUCAACUGCCAGAAACCAAGCCUCGCCACCAUUGACGAGUGGAAACGUUAUCUCGCAUCCGAUUCGCUAUCAAGAUUCACCUCCUCCACCUCGGGCACGCGACUAUUCAGGUGGUGGUGGUGGAGGUGGUGUUAUCUAUUCUGCUGAAGAUCGUUACUACUCGUCAUCUGCCACCCCCGGUGAUCGCCGUCCUGAUGCUUACAGAGCCUCAAAAUUCUAG